ACUUCAUUUUUUAUUUAUUUACUUUAAGAUCUCGUCUUUGUUUAUUUGUUAUCCUUGCCAACUUCCAAAUGAAGAGACCCUAAACAAACCACCGUAGUCACCGUUCAGGCCAGGCUUGGCCUAACGCAUUGAAGCUAUGGUCUUCACAUUGCAGAGAAAACCGCACCCCUCGCAAAUGCUCGGGAUCCUUUUGAUUCUUCUCUCCAGCGGAUUUCUCAUCAGUAAAGCCGAAAAGCAAGAAGCAAUUGCUCUGCGAAGAAACUUCACAAUCGGAAGCUGGUCUUAUGCGCGAUUCCGAUACAACGAAAAGAAAUAUCUGGAUAUCAUUCCAAAAGAACUGUUUUCUGUCGCAAACGUCUCCGAUUGCGCUAAACAUUGUCUGCGGAACCUCGCUGGGUUAUCCUUCAACAUUAAGAUGUUAUCCAACACGAGCGGUAAAUUCGACUGCGAAGUCCUUGAUGGGGAUCGCUUCAGGAACCAGAGCAACUACCGAAACAGCACAACGCAUCAUCAUUUCAAUCUAUUUACGGAAUGCGAACGGGUUCCCUGUGGUAUCAACGGUACUUGCAUCCCAAACUACGAAUCGGGGGACUUCUCCUGCACAUGCGGUCCAGGGUUUAACGGAUCUCUCUGUGUUGAUAUUGAUGAGUGCAGCACGAUGUAUCAUGGUUGCCAUAGCAAUGCCUACUGUACCAAUGUAGCUGGAUCGUACAUCUGCACAUGCGCUAACGGUUUCAUUGGCGACGGAAAGACUUGUGUAAGAACAUGGUCCCUUGUUGCUCGCUUCUCCAAUGCUGACUCCAAAAACUGGAUGCGUGACGAUGGCAUGUUGUGGUUCGAUCAGCUUUCUGCAAUCGGCGAUGAGCAGAACCCAGCAGCCAACAGCGACAUGAUCUCCCCGCUAUUCUGGACGAUGCCUGGUACCAAGGUCAAGGUGACUCGAAGUGAUGACCCCACCCAUACCCCCCUACUGGUCACCAUCGGGGACUGUCUGGGCGGGAAGACGAUGAGGGGGCUACUGAUGAGCUUCGGCAACACACGACGCGACGGCACCGACUCCUGGGUGAGUGACCAGUGCAGACACAGCUGCACCGUGACGUAUGGGGGCCUGUACGCGAGCACUAAUGGCUUCGAGCAGGCCUCCUGUGACGGAACUGUCCAGUCUAGAAACAAGAUCGGGUUCUGGUGUCAGUAUGACAGUGGAGAUGCAGCUGUGAUGAUGAUCGGAGGAGGAGGGGGAAGUGCGUGCGACCGGGCGGAUCAUGGGAUCGGGUUUACAGAAGAUAAUUAUGGAAGCUUUAUCUUUGAUCCUGAAGCUGACUUUGGGUCGAACUCUGUUGGUACGGCUACAAACUAUUCUCUCAAUUUGUGGGUGCUUUAGUGAUACUUUUCAUUUUUAAGACCAAUCACUAUAAUUAUCAUAAUGUUUAUCACCAUCAGCAUCAACACUCAAUCUUCAUCAUAAUGUCAUUGUAAAAUCGUAACCGUCGCCACAAUCAUCACCACCAUAAUCGUGGUCCUCAUCUUCGUAGUUUCCAUCAUCAUAAUCAUAAUCAUGAUCACCAUCAUCAUUAUUAUCAGCAUCAUAAUCAUCAUUAUCAGCAUCAUCAUCAUCAUUAUCUUUAUCAUCAUCAUCAUUACCACUGACAUCAUCAUCAUCACCAUCAUCACAAUUGCAGCAAUGCCAUCAUAUCAUUUCCUAAUCGAAACAUUCAUCACCAUAAUCAUCAUCAUCAUCAUCAUCAUUAUCAUCACUGAGACCAACAUCAUCAUGUAUUUCUCUGACCACUAUCAGUAUUAUGAUGAUGAUCACCAGAGAUUGCAGACAUAUCUACAGUCCGACCUGUGGCAGGUGAGAUUUCCGUUGUCUGGUCGGUUCUACAACCAUCACCUCCAUCCUUUACUGGUGGGUUUGCAAUCUUCUAUUGCGAUGUAAGGGGCGUUUCUUGUCAAGCUUUGAGCUACCGCAGGGCGUGAAAUCAUCUUGCAACUUCAUGGUGUGCAUCGGUCAUGUUCAACUAUUUCCAUCCCCUAUUUAACCAAGGCUCCCUUACCAACGGUAACUAUGGCAACCUAGGUUUCCUGACCAAUGGUAACUAUGGCAACCUAGCUUCCUUGAGCAAUGGUGACCAUGACAACAUAUCCGGGCAAAAAAUUCUUAUGGGAAGCCAAACCGCCAGGCCAUUUGUAACCAUGGCAAACUAGGCAUUUGAACUACUUGUAUCAAAGGUUAUACAUUUAUUCAUUGAGAACUGUAGAUCAUACGGGGUUCGUUAAAUGGCGGCCCGUCUCACAAAACUAGUGAAGCGACCUGUAUUAGGGAGAAGAAACUUGUCUACUUUUAGUGUCUCUUAGCUUUUACUUUUAGUAGACUGCGUGGGAUCACAGCACAGUACGUCUUAUUAAGCAGUGCAGAUAAGGCUUCAGAUUAACAAAUCCUUUCACUUGAAGGGGACAAAUAGACGCCCCCCGGGUCGACUUCCUAUAAAAGAUUGUCAGUAUAGACGACCCACCGGAUCGACUUCCUAUAAAAGAUUGUCAUUAUAGACGCCCUCCGGGUCGACUCCCUAUAAAAUAUUGUCAUUUAAGAUUGUCCACAAUUAACGACAGUGCUAUCUCUUAGGGCUAAAAAUUGCUUGUACACCCCAAUAUGCUAUCACUUAGGGGUAAGAAUUGCUGUUGACCACACGCAGAUUCUUAUCCCUUAGGGCUUAAAUAUAUUUUACUGACGAUCUACCCCGUUUUUGUGGAUGUCUCCCCGUCCUGGUUAGACACCCCUAUGCUUUAUGCAUGCAUUAGAAUGCGGGGAUCCCGUAGCUGACAUAAUGUUACAAGACAGGUUGAAAUUGUUUUUGUGCAGGUUGUAUAUAUAAGAAUAAUUCAGCUUUUGUUUUUAAUUGAUUUUCAGUAGGCGAGUUUGUUGCACGCUUUGUUGACCUCCUAGGCGAAUUGCAAUACAAACCACCUGACCUUUUGAGUAGAAACUUACGCUAAGACAAACACAGAAAUGGCAGCGGCCGUCCUGCUAUGCAAAUAAUCCUUUUUCAUAAGCGCUAAAAAAUUUGCUUUGUGUUGUUUUUUUUUUCAAUUUAUAGAGACAUUUGUUGAAUUAGCGUGCAUUUUAUAGAGACAUUUGUUGAAGUAGCGUGCAUUUUAUAGAGACAUUUGUUGAAUUAGCAUGCAUUUUAUACAGACAUUUGUUGAAGUAGCGUGCAUUUUAUAGAGACAUUUGUUGAAUUAGCAUGCAUUUUAUACAGACAUUUCUUUGAGUAGCGUGCAUUUUAUAAAGACAUUUGUUGAAGAAGCGUGCAUUUUAUAGAGACAUUUGUUGAAUUAGCGUGCAUUUUAUAGAGACAUUUGUUAAAGUAGCGUGCAUUUUAUAGAGACAUUUGUUGAAGCAGCGUGCAUUUUGUUAAUACAUUUGUUGAAGUAGCGUGCAUUUCAUAGAGACAUUUGUUGAAAUAGCGUGUAUUUUAUAGAGAAAUUUGUGCAUUUUAUAGAGACAUUUGUUUAAGUAGCCUGCAUUUUGUGCAUGUUGCGCAUGCGUAGCUAGUUUCCAAGCUGCUCAAUCAUUAAUUUCUUAGAGGUGCCUUGACGUCAUUGUCUAUUUUGUAACUGGGACGAGACCAGCUCGGUGAUUUCCCAAAUCCCCGCUCUUUUGGUUGGUUUAUUUUUUUGAACGUAUCCUAUGUCUUCCCGUUCCUUUUAAUUUUUUUUAUAUUGAUUUCCUUUCAUGUGUUGGAUACCUCAAGGAUCGCUGUCUGGUCCUCGCGUAUAGAGUACUUCAUAGACUUGUACUUCAGGGUACCGUUGUGUCUUCAAUAUUGAAUUAAACAAGAAAAAUGCACACACUCGUCUUUAAACACGAACGCGCGCUAUCAAAGUGAUAGCUCAGCCCCCUUUUCGCAAGCUCUCGCGCAAGUCAUCGUCAUUCACAACUAGACUUCAUUCAUAGAUCCGACAUGUCAAUCACGCGCGCACGAAUAACCAACCAGGUAAAAGAUGGUGCAAUAACAGCCAUGCUGUCCCACAUAAAGUCGGCAAUCGACGCCAAAAAAGAUUGGUUUGAGAUAUUUUUCUGCGAAUCUGGACAAGCAAAUAAGCAUUUUCAGCGCAGAAAGUGCUAGCCCUGAUUUCUUUGCCCGGCCGCUUUUAGUGUAGAGUUGUGACUCAAA